AUGGCGGAAUCAGCGGAUGAGGACUGGUUCGCCGGCAACUCUAACGACCCUGGACCGAGCUUGGAGGAUUUCUUGGCUACAGACCCUUCCCAGCUACCCUUCCUGCAGGAGCGCCCGGCAACGGCGGAGGACUUCGUGCGAUAUCAAAUAUUUGUCGACGCAUGGAGCUCUAUUGAACACCUUCAACAGCUUCGGGAGUCAGUCCUGGAACUCGUGGAUUCGAUUACAGCGGGCUUCAUCUGGCACCGCGAGGCGUUCGCGCUGUCAGUCGCCGUGCCUUCCGACGGAGAUCUUGAGCCUCAUCUCACCGGAGAGCAGGUGUUCGGAGGCAACGUUUCCGACGAGUGGUUCGUGUGCUACCUUCUGUUCACAAUAACUUCGACGUUCACCGAGUUGACUGCGUGCAUUACCGACAGCGACGGCGAGUUCUUGCUGAUCGAGGCCGCCACCGCGAUCCCACCUUUCCUCUCCCCAGGCAACAGGGUAUGGGUCAGAUUCGGCGAAGUGCACCUGGUGAUGCCUGGGUGCAUGGUGGACAGGGCCAGAACCCCACGCACACUGGGAUCGGGUACCAUCACGCUUUCUGAGGGAUUGAAGGCGGUCCGAGAGAGCGACGGCGGAACCAAGGCCGACGAGGGUGUACAGCGACUCAUCAGGCGCCGAAUCGAAGGCUACCCGGAGGAAGCUAUGGCUAACAUGCACCACGCGAGGUGUUUCCUACCCCUGGCUGCAGCGUUAGCGUUCCGCGACACACCCAGGCUGGUGGCCCCUGCAGUUAGCGCUUAUUGCUCGGGCGACCCCGCCGACAGGAAGAUGGGAGUUCGUAUGGCUCGACUUCUCGCAAUACCCGCCAGUGCAUCUGGAGUGAGCACCGCGGGAAGCAAGGGAGCUGGCUCACAACCAGAAGCCCCUCGGUUUGUUGAGGCCCGGAUCGCCUUCACCCGUCACUUGUAUGCGCAAUUGCACCAGGCGGCUGUCGUACCGACUAAGGCCUUUCAUCCAGGGUGGGGUCCCAGCAGAAGCACUCUUGCCCCUGCUGCCCACGCAAAAGCCGCACAGCUGGGGCAGAAGCUCUCCAUGGGUUUGGAGGCAGCCUACCAGGCGUGUGCCGAGAGCAGCAAGAAGGAUGGAGGAGACUUUAGCGACGCAAUUCGACCGGAAACCUGGAAGCGAUUUGCAGACGGAUUAGUACGGAACGGUUUCUUCGAGGGAGAACUGGAGGGGUCCAAGAGGUAUCGAGAAAAGACUGCGAUGGCGAAGCAAUUCAUACGGGAUAACGUUCUAUGUGUCGAUGCCGAUGGUGGCGAGGACGAGGAGAUUGCAGCCGCCCAGAGGGACCACCGACGAUGCCCUGUCCACCAAGUGGUGGAUCGCACUCUCAACGACCCAAGAUUGGAUUGUGUGUUCGAUGCGUUCGGCGAAGAAGACGAUAAGGAAGACUGGUUGGAAGUGUCUCAAGCCGACUUGGACAUCAUGCUCCAAGACUAUCGUCGUGCGGAGGCUGAUCUGGAUCCAGAGCAGCAGGGCCGACGCGACAGGGGUGCGAACGGUGUCGUGGGCGAUGACGACAAUGAGAGGGACAGGUCGGAAAAUGUGGCUACAUCCGGUGCUCGUGGAACAGCCACAGACACAGAUGAAGAGAAACACGUACAGGAUAGCCACGCCGGUUUCGCCGACGCUGUGGAUGGGCUGGAUGAAAUUGUCACCGGCAUGAACGCCUUUGUGGACGACUCAAAAGCGGGGUUGGAUGGCGCGGAGGUGGAGGCGGUAGGAGGACACGUUCAGUUUGAUGUGGACAAGUUCAUGAGCUUGCUCAACGGGGAAGACCUAAUGAGUGCACUUGAGGAUGCUGCGAAGGAGGAUGCGCAUGAUGAGUUGGGCGACAGCGACGACGACCUGUUGGAAUCUAGCGAGGAAGAGGACGAAGAUGACGUGGACACCCCGCAGCGCAUGCCAGACCCCAAAGCGUCGGAGAGCGCGGGCCUGACAGACCCCUCGGCGUGUGGCUCCAGAACCCGGUCUAGCUUAGCCGUGAACGUGUCCCCGAACUCCCCGGCGAAGAGUGAUUCACAUAUUCAGACGCGGAGCGGCGUGCGACCAUCCGUGGCGUUCCAAAUGCAGGAGAUGGAAGGCCGUCCGAGCGAAGAAGACCAUGACGGCCUGGGCAGCGAUGGGCGAGAGCAGGACGGUGGCCACGAAAGCAAAGCAAAUUCCGGAAGCGCCGAAAGUCUCGUUCGCGAGUACAUGGCGGCGAUGGAGAUUGAACUCGAGCCGUCAUCAAUGGGGGAGAGCUUUGAGAAAGUGGGAGCAUCCAUCCCUGAAGCCCAAAUGGAAGAACUACAAACGGUUGGUCCUCUGGAUCAAAACGGAGAACUAGCCCCCGAGCAGUGGCUUCGAGACGGCAAGGCGCCAUCGUCGACAGGUGUGCAGUCGUGA